AUGCACAGGUAUUUAUACAAUAAUGUCAGGUGCCUCUGAGCUAAGGUGGGCAAACUGGAGUACUUAAAGAUGGGCAUAGACCAGGGGUCAGCAAACCUUUUCAGCAGGGGGCCGGUCCAAUGUCCCUCAGACCAUGUGGUGGGCCAGACUAUAUUUUUGGGGGGAGAAAUGAACAAAUUCCUAUGCCCCACAAAUAACCCAGAGAUGCAUUUUAAAUAAAAGGGCACAUUCUACUCAUGUAAAAUCACGCUGAUUCCCGGACCUUCCGCAGGACGAAUUUAGAAGGCGAUUGGGCCAGAUCCAGCCCCCGUCCCUUAGUUUGCCUACCCAUGCCCUAAGCCAAGGGUCAACAAACUUUUUCAGCAAAGGGCCGGUCCACUAUCCCUCAGACCACGUGGUGGGCCAGACUAUAUUUUUGGGGGGAGAAAUGAACAAAUUCCUAUGCCCCACAAAUAACCCAGAGAUGCAUUUAAAAUAAAAGGGCACAUUUUACUCAUGUAAAAACACGCUGAUUCCCGGACCGCCUGCAGGCCGGAUUGAGAAGGCGAUUGGGCCGCAUCCAGCCCCCGGACCUUAGUUUGCCUACCCAUGGCAUAGACAAACCCUAGCAGAGUGGAAAGAGCCAGUGGGACACAAUUAUCUCUGUCCCAAUCUCUAAGAGCUCCCAGGGGCUCCAGAAAUUGCCCACAGUUCAGCUACCUAGGAAUGAAGCUCAGCGGAGACUGCAGUGUCUUUAGGAUAUAUGGUUUACAUUUACAAAUAUGUACAACCUGAGCUGGGACGCGGGUGGCGCUGUGGGUUAAACCACAGAGCCUAGGACUUGCUGAUCAGAAGGUCGGCGGUUCGAAUCCCUGCGACGGGGUGAGCUCCCGUUGCUCGGUCCCUGCUCCUGCCCACCUAGCAGUUUGAAAGCACAUCAAAGUGCAAGUAGAUAAAUAGGUACCACUCCAACGGGAAGGUAAAUGGCGUUUCCGUGCACUGCUGUGGUUCGCCAGAAGCGGCUUAGUCAUGCUGGCCACAUGACCUGGAAGCUGUACGCCAGCUCCCUCGGUCAAUAAAGCGAGAUGAGCGCCGCAACCCCAGAGUCGGCCACGACUGGACCUAAUGGUCAGGGGUCCCUUUACCUUUACAACCUCAGCCUAAGAUGGGGGAGCUCCAAGCAAUGACACCCCAACAGAUCUUGCUUCUCCAUUAGCCACAGCUUUGGACUCAGCACAGAGCAAGCAGGUCUCUGUGUCUCCCGCUUCCAGUCUGCUUUCACUUAGCUCACACCCCAAAACUCUGGCUCGUCUCCUCGUACCUGGCAGCUAGGUGAGGUGGGAGAGACCUAUCCAUUUGUUUUGCGGCACAAAGCAACUUUAUUGGGUAUGCUAAUCGUGGUGCUCAACAAGUUAGGCAAAACCAUUACCUAGACAAAGGGACUGGUUCUACCUCAACAGAUACAGGAUCACAAGAACUGGAAGGGCCAGGGCAUACUGGGCCCCAAGAGUAAUUUAGUACAGUGGUACCUCAGGUUACAUACGCUUCAGGUUACAGACUCCGCUAACCCAGAAAUAGUGCUUCAGAUUAAGAACUUUGCUUCAGGGUGAGAACAGAAAUCGUGCUCCGGCAGCACGGCAGCAGCAGGAGACUCCAUUAGCUAAAGUGGUGCUUCAGGUUAAGAACAGUUUCAGGUUACGAACAGACCUCCAGAACAAAUUAAGUACUUAACCCAAGGUACCACUGUAGUGGCAAAGUACUGGUGUCCCCCAGACCAAAAUGUUACCCCAAAUAUCCUUCAGUUGAGCCUCUUCACCGAAAACUAGAAAGUGGCCAAUGUUAACGCCAAUUUUUAAAAUCCUGGAAAUUAGAGGCUGGGAAUCUGGAUCCUAGAAAUUAGAAGCUGGUUAGGGAUCCUGGAAAUCAGAGGCUGAUUAGGUUAACUUCUCUGUUCUGGGAAAACUGGUGGAAGACAGUGUUGGGAUACUGCCAGGGAGACAAAGUCCAUCAUGACUCCACGUUGCCUCCGGACGUCCAUCGAUCUCCCAUAGAUACAGUAUCAGCAAUUAGCGACACGAGCUCCAGAAAUAGCUUGCCACAUUCCAGAGCUGAUGCACGCUCUAUCAGCAGAUAAUGCACAGUGAAAGAUGCACUCAGGAGAGCAUUAUUUACAAGUUUAUUCAGCGUUGGUCAGAACAAAGAUAAACAUGACUGCCUGCGUUGAUGUCUCAGACACACAGAGAGAAAACGAAAGCAAUAGACAAAACAUAAACUUCCUGUGAACAGGAAAUACGCAGACUCUGUGACUCACAAAGCCUGCUCCCUUUUAAGGUGGAACGGAAAUAUCCUAACAGACAGCGCUCACUAAGCAUAUGAAGAAUAAGCCUUGUUGAAACAGAAGCAGCAUGGCUUCCACAAGGAUAAGUCGUAGCUGGCUAACUUUUUAGAGUGCUUUGAGAGUGUUCAUAAACAUAUGGAAAGGAAUGAUCCAGGAAACAUUAGGUGAUAUCCAAUGCUAGUCAUGCUCAGAGCAGGCCAAUUGAAAUCAGCAGAUUUAAAUAACUCAGCUAUCAGCAAGUUUCCAUUUCACUUUCAUUUCACAUUUGCACACCACCUUUCUAUAUUACAGCAACACACAGUUUGGGAAGUGGCGAGAUUUACUGAAGUCCCAAUAAUUAUUUAGGACGGGGAUACCCAAGGUGCCCACAAACAGCCCAAUGAGGACUAGAAUGGUCAGUAGGCAUGUAGUUAAUUUAAUUCUGGUGGGGGCGGGGAAAGAAAACAAAGAGUUGGGGGAGUGGAAUGGAGUUUUCUGAAAAGGGGCAACCCACACUGCGGCAUUUUGUUGCAGGCCGAGCUGCAGAGGUAUAAUGAAGAAGAGCGAGCCUUUCCUGCUGGUGACUUGUGGAAAGCGGUUGGCAGUUCACCACACCUCAAUCUGUGUGAUGUGUCAGCAGGCUAUGCAGAGCCCCAGCUGAGUCACAGAGAUUUCCUGAUCCCAGCAGACAGCCUUUUCCAGAGUCCCUGUUUAGGGGGAAAACUCUCCCAUGCAGUUCCAAGUAGGAAAGAGUUUAUUGUCUCCAGGCACAAAGCUAAACAUUACUAUCUAUACACAGUUCUUCUGGUCUUAGAAGUAAAGAUAUGUGCAGUGCCACCAUCACCAUGCUAGCUAACCCAUAGCCUCUUCCCCUGACUCUCACAGAUUCAGAAUCAGACCCUGACAGCAAAAGAGGAUGGGACACAACAUAAUGAAAGCAAUGCCUAGAGACUAUUAUACCCAUCUCUACACGUAGGCAGGUGCCACUGUGGUCCAAACCACUGAGCCUCUUGGGCUUGCCGAUCGGAAGGCCGGCGGUUCGAAUCCACUCGAUGGGGUGAGCUCCCAUUGUUCUGUCCCAGCUCCUGCCAACCUAGCAGUUCGAAAGCACACCAGUGCAAGUAGAUAAAUAGGUACCGCUGGGGCAGAAAGGUAAAUGGCAUUUCCAUACACUCUAGUUUCUGUCACGGUGUCCCAUUGCACCAGAAGUGGUUUAGUCCUCCUGGCCACAUGACCCAGAAAGCUGUCUGUGGAUAAACGCCGGCUCCCUCGACCUGAAAAGCGAGAUGAGUGCCGCAACCCCACCGUUGCCUUUGACUGGACUUAACUGUCCAGGGGUCCUUUACCUUUACCUUACUUACAUGUAGGCAUAUUUCCUGAACCAACGGGAGAGUGAAUGACUUGGCCUUGAUGGUGUUGCUAUGGCAACCCUUAUCUCAGAACAUCCAGAUGUGGAGGAUGUGCUCCUCAAGACAGGAUCCCAAGCACUGUGUAAUUUUAACCCAUUGUUCGCCUUGUAUCAACGUUUUCCCCAUCACUGAGUAACACCAGUUAGGUCCUCAAAGAUCUGUGAGGCACCAGGGAUGGGAACAGGAGAGACGUUCUCAUGGUGACACAUCAUGUUGAUUAGCCAGGACAGAGGUUGUACCACCCAACAUGUAAUGCAAGGAGUUCAAGAUGGGGUACAUGGUUCUGCUCCUUCCUGUGUCAUCCUCACAACAGCCUUGUGAGGUGGGUUAGACUGAGGGGCAGUGGCUGGUCCAAGGUCACUCAACCAGUUUCACCACUGAGUGGGGAUUCGAACCCUAGUCUCCCACAUGCUAGUCCCACACGAGUCUAACCACUAUGCCACAUGGACUCUCCACAAUCAGCUCUCCUUAUCUUUUGGUCCUGGAAGAGUAGCUGCCUCUGUUCAUGAUUUCACACACCUCUCCCAAUUACAUAAGACAGGAGAAGCACAAAAUAAAUUGAAGGAACCCAUCUGGGGGUUAGGGGGGGAAUUGACAGUUCCAUCAGCAACGGAGCGCUCAUCUCAGACGUUUAUUAGAAGUUCUCUCCUGCAGGCUGACAUUGUGGGAUAAUAACAAGACGAGUUAAUCAUCCUCAAUUGAGGGUUUGUUGGAAGAAGGAAAGUCAUAUGAUCUAUCCAGUAAUGUAGGAGUUAGUCUUCUCCAGAGAGAGGGAGAGAGGGAGGGAGGGAGGGAGAAACCUUUCCAGGAAGGAAAGAAGGAAUCAUAGAAUUGGGAGUCUGAGGAUCAUCUUAGUCCAACUCUCUGCAAUGCAGGAAUAUUCAGCUGUCCCAUACAGGGAUCAAACCUGCAGAUUUGGCAUUAUCAGCACCAUGGUCUAACCAACUGAGCUAUCAAGAAAGGAAGGAAGGAAGGAAGGAAGGGAGGGAGGGAGGAAGGGAGGGAGGGAGGGAGGGAGGAAGGAAGGAAGGAAGGAAGGAAGGAAGGAAGGAAGGAAGGAAGGAGUGCAGCAAUGCUUCUGAAUAUCAAUUUCUGGUUUUUGGUUUUUUUUAAUGCUUUUUAUUGGUGUUUCAUUUAAUACAAACAAACAAAAUACAGUAAAAUUCAGCAAUCAUUUACCCACAUUCUUUCCCCACACUCUGCUGACUUCCUUCUCUCCCUUCAACAGGUUUUCUCAUGUCAGUUACUUUCCCACAGUUUCUUAUUGUAUCCAAUCCUAUCUACAUCGUCAGAUUUUUUUCAGUCCUGCCAGAGUCUUCAGAUUUCUACAGUUAUUAUUUAUGAACUCCAUAAAUUCAAUCUUGUUGGAAUUUUGCUUCCUCCUGAUAUCGGAUUCGACAGGUCAGUUUUGCUAGUUCCGCCUAAUCAACCAUCUUCGUCUGCCACUCCUCUAUUGUUGGUAAUUCUGGUACUUUCCCUUUUGGGGCUGCCAAAGUUCUGGCAGCAGUCGUAGCAUACAUAAAUAACCUUUGAUCUGCCUUUUCUAUUUCCUCUCCCAAUUAUUAUUAUUAUUAUUAUUAUUAUUAUUAUUAUUAUUAUUUAUACCCCGCCCAUCUGGCUGGGCUUCCCCAGCCACUCUGGGCGGCUUCCAACACAAUAUUAAAAUACUGUGAUACAUCAAAUAUUAAAAGCUUCCCUAAACAGGGCUGCCUUCAGAUGUCUUCUAAAAGUCUGGUAGUUGUUGUUCUCUUUGACAUCUGGUGGGAGGGCGUUCCACAUCAAGCCUAGUAAGGGAUGCGGGUAGUACUGUGGGUUAAACCACAGAGCCUAGGACUUGCCGAUCAGAAGGUCGGCAGUUCGAAUCCCCACGACGGGGUGAGCCCCUCUUCCCCACCGGAGGAGCUGCCCUCCAGCUGCUGCCCCCCUCCUCCAGCCCCACCAGCAGCGCCAUCCUCCCCAAAAGACUCUGGGAAACAGGGAGGGCGCGCCGGAGGGAGCUUUGCACCACGGCGCUGGAUAUGCUUAAGACAGCCCUGUGUCCUGCCCUCCUCGUUAUCUUCUUGGAGACUAGGGAGAAAGGAGCUUGUUGCAGCUGUAAAGGGAGACUUCUGGGAUUCUUCAGCAUCCUCUUCACACACACACACACACAGUCAGGAGUUCAGCCUACACUUGAGUAGGACCCUGGCAGAGACACAUGCCCAACUGGCAUGUUCCCUCCCUCCUGGUCAAUCGUUCGGGAGUUUCAUAAGCUUUCUUCAGCCCGAACAUCACAGCAACCGAUGCCAACCGACAGCGGCACACUUAGGGAUCCGCACAGUCUUCGCAGCUUGCAUAAUGGACCUCAGCAGCUCAGCAUUUUGGCUAAUCUACUUUAUUUACAUAUAAACACACACGGAGCACUGCAACAUGGCUCCCUCUCUCUCUAGCAUCAGACAGCAAAGAGAAAAAGAACAAAGGACAAUAGUCCCACUUCACGGAACACAGUAACACAAACAUCCUGUCUCCGUCACUUCCCACUCUGUGGAGUCAAAACAUACACCGUCAUGUGAAAGAGAAAAGUCCCAUGACUGCAAUCAUGGAUCAGGAAUUCUAACAACACACACCCAUUUGCUUCAGUCUCAGAGUCUGAACUGCUCCCUGUCACCGACUCUCCCUGCCCACCAAACCCUGUUGCCCCUUCAGCAUCCAGCACCUCCUCCCGGUCUUCUCCUCUGACCUCUCCUUGGCGUCCCACCACCAACCCCCUGGCUCUGAGCCUUCCUCCUCUGGGGGUUCCCUUGGGGGUUCCCUAACUGGUGCCUCCAACCAGCGCUCCCUGACAACUGCUACCCAGGGCAAGGGGAAAAGUCACAUGAAGCCAUGAUGUGAUGCAAUCGUGGGAUUGUGACAUCACAAUAGUGGUGCAGGAGGGGCUGGGGAGAAAUGAAGCCCACCACCCCCUUGUCUUGGCUGGACGCAGUUCAGCUCGCCUGCUGCAGAUCUAGGAAGAGCAGACCUUUCAAGGCAUCCCAGUAACUUGGUCUUGUCCCUAACCGUGGAGCUGAAGAGAAUUCUGGGGCCCUGGAUUUAGUCCAAGCAGGGAGAGAAUUUACAUCCUCCAGGUAUGCUGAGCCUUUUUGCUUGCCUUUGGGAAGCCCAAAGGAAACUUCGCUUUCCUGCGAAGUUUGUCCCAUAGCAACUGGCAUUCCGAAGUCCGCUGCGUCUGAACCAGUGGUUCCCAAACUUUUUUUGGCUGUGCCCCAUCUCUAAAAUCCUGAUCCCCCCCCCCUCCGGUGACAUAUCAUUCUUAUUAUUCAAAAAGUGAACUCCUAUUCACAUGGAGGAAGCCUAAGAGGCCAUUAGUGUUUCUGCGUCCAGGGCAGCUGUUUACCAGCUCUAUCUGGUACGCAGGCUGAGACCCUUCCUGCCCACAGACUGUCUUGUCAGAGUGGUUAUCUUCCACUUGGACUACUGCAAUGCACUCUACGUGGGGGCUACCUUUGAAGGUGACCCAGAAACUGCAACUAAUCCAGAAUGCGGCAGCCCUGUUUAGGGAAGCUUUUAAUAUUUGAUGAAUUAUUGUAUUUUAAUAUUUUGCUGGAAGCCACCCAUAGUGGCUGGGGAAACCAGUAUACUGGACUGAGGCCAUUUAGGGCUUUAAAGGUCAGCACCAACACUUUGAAUUGUGCUCGGAAACGUACUGGGAGCCAGUGUAGGUCUUUCAAGACCAGUGUUAUGUGGUCUUGGCGGCCGCUCCGAGAAAUGAAAAUAAGUAGGAAUCUCUGAACAAAGAUGGUACCACUCUUGCAUUUCAGUGGGGAAACUGUUUUUAUAUUUUAUUUUCUUACUGCUUCUGCUUCUUCAUUAAGAACGGAAAGUGCGGAAUAGCAGCCUAGCAGAUUGCAGCUACAACAAAGGCGGCAUUUUUCCAUCUCCGCCAAGCUAAGCAGUUGGCUCCUCACCUCUCUCGCCCUGGCUUAGCCACUGUGAUCCACGCGAUGGUCAUUUCCAGACUGGAUUAUUGUAACUCGCUCUACGUGGGGCUGUCCUUGAGACUGACCCAGAAACUCCAGCGGGUGCAGAAUGCUGCAGUGAGACUCCUUACGGGGUCUUCGCUGCGAGAUCACAUUCACCCGGUGCUAUACCAGCUGCACUGGCUCCCGGUGGAGUACAGGAUCAGGUUUAAGGUGCUGGUUUUAACCUUUGAAGCCCUAUACAGCCUAGGACCCUCGUACCUACGGGAGCGCCUCUCCUGGUAUGCCCCACAGAGAAACUUACAGUCUUCAAAUAAAAACAUCUUGAAGGUCCCAGGCCACAGAGAAGUUAGGCUGGCCUCAACUAGAGCCAGGGCUUUUUCGGCCGUGGCUCCGAUCUGGUGGAACACUCUGUCACAAGAGACCAGGGCCCUGCGGGACUUGACAUCUUUCCGCAGGGCCUGCAAGACAGAACUGUUCCUCCAGGCCUUUGGUCAGGGCACAGCCUGACUCCCUCCCUCGGCAAUCUUCGCGGAGCUCUGGCCCAAUGGUUGCCAGUGGCUUGAAUUAAUUAAUUUUAUAAUGAAUGAUUUUAGAGUGUUGUUUGUGCUGUACUUUUGUACUGUUUUAUUGUUGUUAGCCGCCCUGAGCCUGGCUUCGGCUGGGGAGGGCGGGAUAUAAAUAAAAUUAUUAUUAUUAUUAUUAUUAUUAUUAUUAUUAUUAUUAUUACUAGCUGCUUUGCAGAGGUGGAUGGGAAAAGGCACAGUCCCUGGAGGGGAAGUGGAAGAUGUGUUGCAGGUAGAGAUGUUAAGAAGGCUUCAUUUUCUGUUCUGCCCUAUAUUUGACACACGCAUCACUGUUUCCAUUCCACUGCAAGUCAUUUUCAACCAAAAACUACAUUAUUAAUAUUGUUCUCUGUUGCGGUUAAUUUCUAUAACUUAUGUAAUUAAUGAGACAAAUUAUGUAAACCAGGUUGUCAUUACGUUAGUCCCCCUCACUCAAUGCAAAUGAGGGGGACAUGUAAUCAAGUACUUAUUAUUUGGGGACUGAAAGUAGCAGUGACAUCAAAUAAAGUUCGCAUUAAUUGGCUGGGUUUCCAUUUUGGACGUGGGGCAAAUAAGUGAAGAUUGGCAAUUUCCGUUCCCAUCAGAAUUCUCCAACAUCCCUGUUUGGGGCAAACCUUUUUUCUCCCUUGCUUGUUUCCCGUUUCAAACUAUUUCACAUCCUGCCCCACAAGUCCUUUCCCUUGAUCUGUUGGCUCUCAGCCAUAAUUAAUUGCUUUCUAGAGUGAGGUUUCCACACCUCACACACUUCAAUUAGCUACUUAAUUAGCAGACUGAUCUGCAAACAGCCAGCACUUACUUCCAAGUGCAGCUGAGUAGUUUCUGACUGUAAUCCUGUAAGGUUGCAGUUUUGUGGGUCUUCCUUCUCAGCGAGCACACAGAAGUUCCAGCUGCAAUUCUCUAAUCCAGUGGUUCCCAAUUAGGAGUUCGGGAACCCCAGGGGAUCUGCAGAACACACCCAGGGGAUCUGCGGCCCCAUCCCUUGCCUUCCCCCCUCCCACAACUAAAUUUUUGUCAUUUUCGCAUAGUGAGAUCACAAACCCACUUUAUUUAUUGUUUGAAACAAGCAUUCAUAUGCCACCGGCUCACACAACAUAUGAUAUAGACAGCCAAACACAGAACAUCAGAAAAGUAAAUUCAAAAUAAGCAUCGCUUCUUUUGCUCAAAAAGAAUGUGGAUCUGUUUUAGCACUGUGCGGUUUUUCACUAUACAGGGGUACCUCUGGUUGCAAACGGGAUCCGUUCCGGAGACCCGUUCUCAACAUGAAAAGCCCACAACCUGAAGCACCGUAUCUGCACAGGUGUGCAGCACAAUUUGGUGCUUGUGCGCAUGUGCGCAUGCGUGAAGGGCGAUUUAGCGCUUCUGUGCAUGCGCGAACGGCGAAACCUGGAAGUAACCCUUUCCGGGUCUCCACGGGACGCAACCUGAAAAAACAUAACAUGAAGCAAACGUAACAUGAGAUAUGACUGUAUUGGCCAAAGUCAGUUUAGAAAUCACACUGUGAUAACGAUUUUGACCCAGCAAGAUGCAGAAAUAUAUGGCUCCUCGCGUGAGGGAGAACAAGGCAACCGAUUUCAAGGGACCUCCGAUAUCGCACGAUGAUCUCAGCCCCAGGGCAGCCGAUUGCGAGGCUCUGCCUUCCCCUCAUGCUGACAGAGAACAUGGCAGCUGGUCACCCUCACUUCCAAGGCCCCAUGGCCAGAGGCAAAGCAACCUGCUCCGGUACCCAGAGCAGCGCUCAUCCCAGGGGGAGUGGCAUGUAUCCCACAUGGCAUGGCAUGCUGCCCAGGGGGGUGUGGUGUGCGUUCCGGGGCGUGGCACACGUUCCAGGGGCGUGGCACGCAUUCCAGGGGCGUGGCAUGCAUUCCAGGGGCGUGGCAUGCAUUCCAUUAUUGGAAUAAUGCAUAUGCAUUAAUAUUAAUAAUAAUAAUAAUAAUAAUAAUAAUAAUCAACCCUUUGCCACCCCUUGAAAAUUAAGCGAGGAAAGCGACAAAACAGAGACAUUCCUUAGGAGUAUGCAAGAAAUGAGCUGCCAUAGUCAAGUCACAUCCACCGGCGCAACUGGCAUAUAUAGUUAAGGACUGAGUCCUAAGUGUUGGCAUUGUGGUCAAGAGUUAGGGGUAUAUGCACAUAUGUGGUGGGAGUGUAUUUGUGUAAAGGAACAUUGGCAAAAGAUUAUAAAGGUUAUUUCUGAUGUACGGUAUUUCAGGUUAAGAUAGAAGUCCAUAGAGAAAUGCUUAUCUCAGGAAUACUGGGAAACAGUAAAAUAGAAAGAAAAGAGCAAGAUUGGUAUAAAAUUAUGAUCUUGGCUGGUAUGUUUGUUAUUGCAUUAGGAUGUAAAGAAAAGGACAAAUGGACAAUUGAAAAAUGGAAUGACUAUGUUUUUGAACAUAUACAAUCUGAUAUAUUUGAACAGGUAAUGACGGAAGAUACAUGGGAAAACAAAUGUCAAAAUAUUUUGAAUAAAUGGACAAGUUAUAGGAAUUAGAUAGCACGGGGGAAGCCAACCCAAGCACCCAAAUUAGAAUGAAUAAUCUGUGCACAUGGUUAAAGAUUUGAAGAGAGAACAAGUUUUGGGGGGAGAGGUUAAAGGGGAGGGAGGAAGGGAAGCGAAAAAAAUUAGGAUAAAUGAGAAGGGACAAAAAUAUAUACUGUUAUGUAUAACUAAUAGGAUGAUUUUGAUGCAUGUUAUUGUUUGAUUUUUUGGAAAGUUAUUCAACAUCCCUGGAUGAAAGUGGGGGAAAAACAAAACAAAAAAAUUAACAAACAAACAAACAUUCAGGUCAGCACAGGAAACCCCCAAAAUUCCAACACUUCUGACUCUCUAUUGUGCAGAUGUCAAUUUUGUCCAGGAUACCAGGCUUUCAAAGGGGAGAAAACAGCCAGCCGAGGUCGCCUACGUCAGACAGAGAAGAUCAUAAGGGGAGAAAGGCCUAUCUCCAAGGCCACGCAGGUGAGUCAAGGUGCUCUGUACCUAAGAACAUGCACAGGUAAGAAGAGGUUGCUGGAUCAUGCCAAUGGCCCAUCUAGUCCAGCAUGCUCUUCUCACAAGGGCUGACUGGAUGCCUGUGGUAAAUCUCCAAGCAGGAUCAGAGCACAAAUGCAACUGGGAUUCAGAAGGAUUGCUUCCUACAUCCUUGGAUGAAUCAUAGAAUCAUAGAGUUGGAAGAGACCACAAGGGCCAUCGAGUCCAACCCCCUGCCAAGCAGGAAACACCAUCAGAGCACUCCUGACAUAUGGUUGUCAAGCCUCUGCUUAAAGACCUCCAAAGAAGGAGACUCCACCACACUCCUUGGCAGCAAAUUCCACUGUCGAACACCUCUUACUGUCAGGAAGUUCUUCCUAAUGUUUAGGUGGAAUCUUCUUUCUUGUAGUUUACAUCCAUUGCUCCGUGUCCGCUUCUCUGGAGCAGCAGAAAACAACCUUUCUCCCUCCUCUAUGUGACAUCCUUUUAUAUAUUUGAACAUGGCUAUCAUAUCACCCCUUAACCUCCUCUUCUCCAGGCUAAACAUGCCCAGCUCCAUGAAGGACAGCAUCUUUUUCUUUGGAGAUCCCUCAUAGCCGAGUAAGAUUGUCUUCCAUGAACAUGGUCUUAACACUGAGUCCGUAAGUGACUGUGGAGGCCAAUUCUGGAUCCACAUGUCCUUCCACAGUGGAGACAUAGGUUUCCAGGUGGGAGUUGAUCACGGUGAGGGUUUGCCAAGCGUCCCUUCCUCUUAGCACGUUUCUCCCUUGCGUCCUGAGUUCAAGUGUCUUCAAAGCCCAUGACACCUUUGGUAAAGGCUGUUCUCCAACUGGAGCGCUCGCAGGCAAGUGGUUCCCAAUUGUCGGUGUUUAGUAGUAGCCACUGAUAGCUACAUCCUCAUGAAUUCGUCCAACCCUCUUUUGUAGGCAUCCACAUUGGUCCCAUUGCUGCCACUUGUGGCAGUGAGUUCCACAGUUUAACUUCUUCUUUUUUGGCGAUCACUCAUAGCUGAGUAAGAUUGUCUUUCAUGAACACGGUCUUAACAGUGAGUCCGUAAGUAACUGUGGAGGCCAAUUCUGGAUUCACACGUCCUUCCACAGUGGGGACAUUGGUUUCUGGGUGGGAGUUGAUCACAGUGAGGGUUUGCCAAGCGUGCCUUCCUCCUAGCACAUUUCUCCCUUGUGUCCUGAGUUCGAGUGUCUUCAAAGCCCAUGACACCUUUGGUAAAGGCUGUUCUCCAACUGUAGCGCUCGCAGGCCAGUGGUUCCCAAUUGUCUGUGUUUAUACUACAUUUUAAAAGAUUUGGCAUUUCUUUUCUCUGCGCUCCUCCCAGCGGUCAUUCCUCCUCUGGUCACUGCUGUAGAUGCAUGAGCUGUCUGUCUCCAGGCAGAAGUAGAUGUUUUUCUGGAACAGUAAAGAAUUACUAAACUAUAAUCAAUAAAAAUAACGAUAAGUCACAAUGCCCAUAAAAUUAUUUUUAUAAGAUAUCCCUGUCCUUGUCUUAUCUCUUCCCAGCUGUGGUGCUGUGGGCCCAAACAUCUGGAAGACACCAGGUUGGCUGCCCUACACGGUGCAGAACAGAUGCACAGUUGAAUCCAUAGAUCCUAUCUCUGACUCUCUCCCCCUUUGUGUUUCUGCUACGAUCGUAGUGUGAGGACAGGUGUUGAUAGGAAAUGUCACUGUUAUAAAUGGCGAGGCUGGAUUCAUGCUUUAUUUGUUGGCCGCUAGACACUGCAAAUAUUUCAUCGACCAGAGGAGCAGCCUUGCCAAGUCUGCCUCUGCAAAAUAAAAGCCCAACAAAAACCCAAAAGUCUCGGAGCACCUUCAUCACAAACAGAUUGAUUGUAGCUUAAGCUUUCAUGCACUAGCAGCCAGAUACAUCAUGCGCAUGAAUUGUUAUCAUCCUAGGAAGAUGCCUUAUACAGUGGUACCUUGGUUCCCAAACUUACCGUAUUUUUCGCCCCAUAGGACGCACCAGCCCAUAGGACGCACCUAGUUUUUUUGGGGGGGGGGAAAUAAAGAAAAAAAAAUUUUCCCCAGGUGUGGGGCUGGGGCGGGGGAAGCCCGAGGUUCCCCCGACCCCAGCCCCCAGAACAGGCUGCUAUCCGCAAGCCGUGGGAGAGCUGCGCGAAGUCGCGGAGGACUGCGCGAAACCCGAAGCGCGCCCCAAGCUUCUGGGUGCCGGCAAGCUCUCCACUAGCCGUGGGAGAGCCGCGCGACUUCUCGCGGCUCUCCCACGGCUAGCAGAGGGCUGCGUGAAGCCCGAAGCUUGGGGCGUGCAGAAGCCCCAAGCUUCUGGGUGCAGGCAAGCUCUCCGCUAGCCGUGGGAGAGCUGCGUCUCCCACAGCUAGCGGAUAGCUUCCUGAAGCCUGGAGAGCGAGAGGGGUCGGUGCGCACAGACCCCCCCUCGCUCUCCAGGCUUCAGCGAAAGCCUGCAUUCGCCCCAUAGGACGCACACACAUUUCCCCUUCAUUUUUGGAGGGGAAAAAGUGCGUCCUAUAGGGCGAAAAAUACGGUAAUCCGUUCCGGAAAGCAAUUCCAAAACCGAAGUGCUCUAAAAGCAAGGCGCACUUUCCCAUAGAAAGUAAUGCAAAAUGGAUUAAACCGUUCUAGACAACCCCUAAAACAGCAAUUUAACAUGAAUUUUACUAUCUAACAAGACCAUUGACCCAUAAAAUGAAAGAAAUAAUCAAUGUACUGUACUAUAAAAUAAAUAAGACAGUACUACAGAUGAUAUUAAAAUUAUUUUUCUUUCCUACCAGCACUGAUGAUAGUCAUUGUUUGGAUGAGGGGCUUUUAUCCAUUUCCACAAUCACACAAUCAAUCAGUAGCUGAACUGGGUUCCACACAGUCACAAAAACGAAGUCACAAGCCACAGUCACAUGUCAGUCGCAUAAAACAAGGAACAAGUCACAGUCAAAAGAACGAAAAAGCCACACAAACAAAAGCACAAAAAAAUAGCAAACACAAAAGCUCCAAAUAUCACCUCUGUGUUGCGUGGGUGCUUGGGACUCAACAGCCGACAGACUCAACAGGAAGCCCAAUUAGCAGCACAGGACUCGAUUUACAAAUGGAACACACUCAACAGGAAGCGGUACAUGUUCCGCUUCCAAGGCAAAAUUGACAAACCAAAACACCUACUUCCGGGUUUGCAGCGUUCUGUUUCCAAGUUGUUCAUAAACUAAGCUGUUCUAAAACCAAGGUACCACUGUAUGUACUGUGUCAGACCAAUGCUCUGCCUCGCAGAGGCGGUUUUAGGGGUGCUAUUUUUCACAGGAGGCACUCAAACAAUGAUGGAAGUGGAGCAAGAGCAGGCGCUGAAUUUUAAUGCUGCUGAAAUUUGAGAACCCAAAGUCCUCCACACCCGCCCGUCCCCUGUCCCCCAAAAACAGUACUUCUGUCUUGUCAGGAUUCAACCUCAGUCUGUUAGCCACCAUCCAUCCUCCAACCGCCUCCAGGCACUCACACAGGAUCUUCACCGCCUUCACUGGUUCUGAUUUAAAAGAGAAGUAGAGGUUUUAGCAGCAAGGAGAAGCUAGACAUCUUGUCCCUACACUUUUUAACAGGAAUCUAUGGCCUCUAGAAGUUGUGGUACUCCAACACUCAUCAGCCCAAGUCAGCAAGGCCCAUGUUCAGGGAUGAUGGGCGUUGUAGUCCCAACAACAUCUGAAGGGCACCAGGCUGUGGAAGGCUGCUUGCCAAAACUGCCUGCUGUUCUGGUACCUCCAGAUAGUUGACAUUUCAGCUGUGUCCUCCAGCCUGAACCCAAAUUCUUUCCAGCUGAGAGCAAAGACCUUUUUCAUUUGUCCAGAGUUUCAGCCUGCAAUCUUAGGUACAGUUAUUUGGACAUAAUCCCAUCAAACUGAACGGAUCUCACUUCUGAGUAGACAUGUCUACACAAGAUUGGACUGCUGAUGGAUGGCAACUAACAGAUUGAGGUUGAAUCCUUACAAGACAGAAGGACUGUUUUUGGGGGACAGAAGGCGGGUGGGUGUGGAGGACUGGUCCUGAAUGGGGUAACUGUGCCCCUGAAGGACCAGGUGCGCAGCCUGGGAGUCAUUCUGGACUCACAGCUGUCCAUGGAGGCGCAGGUCAAUUCUGUGUCCAGGGCAGCUGUUUACCAGCUCUAUCUGGCUGAGACCCUACCUGCCCGCAGACUGCCUCGCUAGAGUAGUGCAAGCUCUGGUUAUCUCCCGCUUGGACUACUGCAAUGCGCUGUACGUGGGGUGACCUGGAAACUACAAGUAAUCCAGAAUGCGGUAGCUCGACUGGUGACUGGGAGCGGCCGCCGAGACCACAUAAUACCGGUCUUGAAAGACCUACAUUGGCUCCCAGUAUGUUUCUGAGCACAAUUCAAAGUGUUGGUCUGACCUUUAAAGCCCUAAACGGCCUCAGUCCAGUAUAUCUGAAGGAGCGUCUCCACCCCCAUCAUUCAGCCUGGACACUGAGGUCCAGCGCCGAGGGCCUUCUGGCGGUUCCCUCCCUGCGAGAAGGGAGGUUACAGGGAACCAGGCAGAGGGCUUUCUCAGUGGUGGCACCCUCCCAUCAGAUGUCAAAGAGAUAAACAACUGCCAGACUUUUAGAAGACAUCUGAAGGCAGUCCUGUUUAGGGAAGCUUUUAAUGUUUGAUGCAUUACUGUAUUUUAAUAUUUGGUUGGAAGCUGCCCAGAAUAGCUGGGGAAGCCCAGCCAGAUGGGCGGGGUAUAAAUAAUAAAUUAUAAUUAUAAUUAUAAUUAUUAUUAUUAUUAUUAUUAUUAUUAUUAUUAUUAUUAAAAACUGCACUCUUUUGCAUGUAACGCUGAGGCUGUGGAAUCUUCCUUGCAGGUGGCCGCAUCCUGAAGUUCUUCCACAGCCCACAUGAAAGCAUUGACUUCUCUUCUCUGACCCAGUCCCCGAUUGAGACAGUUCUGCAGAAAUACCUCGGGAAAGGAGAAUACCCGAACUUUCGGUCUGUUGCCAUGUUCGAGAGCAGCUUUUUCCAGGUAAAUGGAACUGCAGAGAGGUGGCCUGCAAUGACCUCAACUAACUCUGGUGCCCGGCAUCCUAUUUUCUGUGGCUCAGUGGCAGAACAUCUGUCCUGCAUGCAGAAGGUCCCAGGUUCGGUCAUCCCCAGGUAGGGCUGGGACAGGCUGGAGGCAAUACUGUGCUAGAUGGACAAAUGGCCAGCUUCCUCUCUUCCUAUAGCUUGUCAGAGCAAGUUGCAGGGGGUUGUACUGGACAGUUCUACGAUUCUAGGACAAUAAAGGGAAAUGUAAGAGAAGCCUUGGGAACCUACAGCAGUAAGAGUGUCUCUCCUGAAGAUGGAAGUGACAAGGUUGACCCAGAAAUGAUGUCAGGGCUGGUUCAGAUGCAGGUCAUCACCGAAGAUGCAGAGACGAGCAGAAAAGUUAACUCUUUAUUCAAGGAAACAGUGUACAAUGUAGUAAUGCCUACAGACAGGACUGGCCCCUAUGAAGCAGUUGCCAGAACUGGAGGUCUUUGCCUUCUACUUCCUCUAAGCCUCAAACUAUGUGGGGGGGGGGUGUCUGUGUUCUUUGUUCUGCUACAAAGACCUCCGUGUCCUUGGAGACAAGGUUGAGCUUAAUACAGUAGGAGCAGCAAGCUUCUGCAACCUGUGUCCUCUCCACCUCUGCUUCAUCUGCUGAAUCUGAACUGCUUUCUGCACCUGGCUCCUCUUGCUUAUGAAAGCCUGUUGCCUCUUGAGCAUCCAACCCUUCCUUCCCCAUCUGACGUGUCCUCAAUGUCCCACCACCACACCCUGGGAUCUGAGCUUCUUUUUGUGGGUAUGUUCAGGGUGGCAGGAGAGGAUACACAAUACACAAUACAAUCUGGCUUGUCCAAAUUGAAAUGGGUUCUAAUACAGUGGUACCUCGGGUUACAGGCGCUUCAGGUUACAGAUGCCACUAACCCAGAAAUAGUACUUCAGGUUAAGAACUUUGCUUCAGGAUGAGAACAGAAAUCGCAUGGUGGCGGCGUGGCAGCAGCAGGAGGCCCCAUUAGAUAAAGUGGUGCUUCAGAGUAAGAACAGUUUCAGGUUAAGAACAGACCUCCAGAACGAAUUAAGUUCUUAACCCGAGGUACCACUGUAUUUUCCUGGUAAGACCCCUUGAAUCCCUCCUAAAAGAAUAAAGACACCACAGUCUUAUUCAUAAGGAACAAAAAGAAAGUUUACUCAUGAUCAGGCAGAGCAGAGCAUGAUCCCUGAAGGCAGCCUUUAGGCUUAAAGUUACAAGCAUAUACAAACAGUUUUACCCCAUAUGUGGGUUGACCUAGUGACUGCAGUUACCAGUAAGGGAAGUUCGCGGGAUGAAAAGAAGAUGGAAAAUAGAGAGAGUGGCAGAAUGCCUUGGCCUUUUACCAGGCCUGGAAAGGUCAUGCCCACCCACUAGUCACAUGCAAGGAAGGAUGAUCCAGGCCAGGAGGAAGUUUCAACUGGCUGGACCAAACAUUCCCUUGCAUGUCCACUCUAGGAAAACAAGGAAUGCUGUACUUGGCUGCUCCCAGUGCAUUACAUCCCACACUUCUGAGGCUUCCCUAGGGAUUCUCCAGCUGCUGUUGUCCACCACUCCUCGUCAUCCAGCCAGUCCCUGACAGAUCAGCCUCCUAGUCUAAUCUAGGAGAGCUUUUUUUUUUUUUUGGCAUGACCUUCUCCAACAGUUAUGGUACUCUUGGUUACGGUACUCUUGGUCUUGAAAGACCUACACUGGCUCCCAGUACAUUUCCGAGCACAAUUCAAAGUGUUGGUGCUGACCUUGAAAGCCCUAAAUGGCCUCGGCCCAGUAGACCUGAAGGAGCGUCUCCACCUCCAUCGUUCUGCCCGGACAAUGAGGUCCAGCUCCGAGGGCCUUCUGGCGGUUCCCUCGCUGCAAGAAGCCAAGUUACAGGGAACUAGGCUUCUUGGUGGUGGCGCCCACCCUGUGGAACCCCCUCCCACCAGAUGUCAAAGAGAAAAAUAACUACCAAGCUUUUAGAAGACAUCUGAAGGCAGCCCUGUUUAGGGAAGCUUUUAAUGUUUAAUAGGUUAUUGUAUUUUAGUGUUUUGUUGGAAGUCGCCCAGAGUGGCUGGGGAAACCCAGCCAGAUGGGCGGGGUAUAAAUAAUAUAUUAUAUUAUUAUUAUUAUUAUUAUUAUUAUUAUUAUUUCUGCUACCCCAGGUGACGAAAAGGGGCCGGCAAAUCUUCAUGCACAACCAGUGCAAUGAGGCCAUCAUCGGUAUUGCUUCCACCAACAUCAAGCUGCCACUACCCACUCUGAUGUUUAUUGCUCGCCCUGUUGUUGCUGGCCAAGUCUCCUCUGAGGACACAGAGGAACCAAUGCUCACCAGGUAAGUUAAGGCAUCACGUCCAAGUACUGCUGUGUUGUUGUUGUUUAGUCAUUUAGUCAUGUCCGCCUCUUCGUGACCCCCUGGACCAGAGCACGCCAGGCACUCCUGUUCUCCACGGCCCCCCGCAGUUUGGUCAAACUCAUGCUGGUAGCUUCAAGAACACUGUCCCACCAUCUCGUCCUCUGUCGUCCCCUUCUCCUUGAGCCCUCCAUCUUUCCCAGCAUCAGGGUCUUUUCCAGGGAGUCUUCUCUUCUCAUGAGGUGGCCAAAGUCUUGGAGCCUCAGCUUCAUGAUCUGUCCUUCCAGUGAGCGCUCAGGGCUGAUUUCCUUCAGAAUGGAGAGGUUUCAUCUUCUUGCAGUCCAUGGGACUCUCAAGAGUCUCCUCCAGCACCAGAAUUCAAAAGCAUCCAUUCUUUGGAGCAUGCAGCUUCACCACUGGGCAGAGCAGAGCCAUCCUGGCUAAUCACCAACAAUAGCCCUCUCCUCUAAGAAUUUGUGUGUUCCUCUUUUAAAGCCAUCCAAGUUGGUGGCAAUCACUGCUUCCUGUGGGAGGUAGUUCCACAGGUUAAGUAUGCCCUGCAAGAAGGGCUUUCUUUUAUCUGUCUUGAUAAGCUAGAUGGAUCGGUCCUCUUGGCUUAGGUACUGUAGCCUUAUUGGAGUUCACCGAUUGGGUCUGCGUUGCUCCGGGACAGGAGGAAGGAAGUCAAAUGACACUGAGGUUGAUUCAAAGAAAGAGUUUAUUCUGCUCUCCGGAUAGCAGAAGGCACUUGCGUGAUCAAGUCCACAGCAAGUCCAAAGAAAUGACAAGUUUCAUGAAGUAUAUAUAUUCUCCAGGCACCCUCUCCCUCCUUCCCAUAUAAAUCCAACCACGUCAGCCUAUGUACGCAGGUUGACAUCACAUAUGUUCUUGCUCUGGUAUUAUUAACCAUAAAAGGGAAUUCCUCUUCCUACUCUUAUCUUGGAGGAAGAGGUCGUCAUCUCCGAGAACACGCUCUGGCGCUGUUCCCAGAUUGGGUCUGUGCGUCUUUUGUGGUCAGGACAUAAGAUAAGGUACAGACACAUCAUCCCUGCUCUACUGGAACUUGGCAAGGUCACUCAUUGCCGCCACGGACUGAUAAGGGAGAGAGCUGUGUUCUUGUUAUACAUUUGCUCAAUGGCUCAAGUUUAUGCAUUUUAGCUAAGGAAAAAUAGGGAUUUUGGUGCAGUUUAAAACUGCCUGCACGGUCAGUUUUGGGUUUUGGGAAACCCAUUCCUUCAGUACAAGGCAGUGGCUCCCCGCAUCCUUCUGCUGAGUUGCCCUGAAUAUUCUCUUUCUGCGUCCUCUCUGCUGCCACUACAGGCUCAUCCCUCUGAGAUAUGUGCGUAUCUCCAUUCACGACCCGGAGAAGCGGAUCAUCAAGAUCAAGCUGAUCAAUGGGCGCACUUAUUACCUUCGGUUUCACGCGACCAACGAGGAAGAGGAGCCCGUCUUUGACCGCUGGCUCUCCCUGGUCUACCUUCUCCAGCACCCACCCCCUUGCUACCUGAAACCACAACCCAAAUCCUACGCCGUCCUGGAGAACCUCAGCAUCCGCGUCUUCCCAAGUGACGACGAAGCGGUGAGUAUGAGCAAGACUUCGCAGGGGGGGAGUUUUUGGGCCAGAAUUGGGCGAGGGGAGUUGCAGGCACCCUUUGAAGCAGCAUAAUUCACAAGAGGAUAAAACAUUAGACUCUAUCUGCUGCUGCUGUUGCUGCCAAUCCUGCCAAUGUCUGGCCUUCCCAGGCCAGGUAGGAAAAGGCUUGCAAGGAGUGACAAUGUAAAUUAUUGUGUUUUUCCUUUUAAUUUACUCUUGGUACCAUAGAGUUUUAGUUAUGUUCUCCCUCUCCCCCCCUUUCAUAUGUCAUUUUCUUGCCUUUCCUUCCUUCCCUCCCCCCCUCCCUUCUUCCUCCCUCCCUCCCUCCUUCCUUCCUUCCUUUUCUUUCCCCCUUUCUUCUUUCUUUCCUUCCUUCCUUCCUUCCUUCCUUCCUUCCUUCCUUCCUUCCUUCCUCCCUCCCUUCCUUUCUUCCCUCCCUCCUUCCCUCCUUCCUUCCUUCCUUCCUUUUCUUCCUUCCUUCCUUCCUUCCUCUAUCCCAUCUUCCUUCCUUCCCUCCCUUCUUCCUUCCUUCCCUCCCUUCUUCCUUCCUUCCUUCCUUCCUUCCUUCCUUCCUUCCUUCCUUCCUUCCUUCCUUCCUUUCUUCUUCCUUUCCUUCCUUCCUCUCUCCCAUCUUCCUUCCUUCCUUCCUUUUCUUUCUUCCUUUCUUUCUUCCCUCCCUCCCUCCCUUCUUCCUUCCUUCCUUCCUUCUUUCCUUCCUUCCUUUCUUCUUUCCUUCCUUCCUUCCUUCCUUCCUUUUUAUUUCAUUUUCUGAAUGAAUGAGAGAGAGAGAGAGAGAGAGAGAGAGAGAGAGAGAGAGAGAGGCAUCUCAGUUGGUAGAGGAGUAAACUCUCAGUCUCGGGCCAUGGGUUUGAGCCCCGUGUGGAGCAAACGAUUCAUGCAUUGCAAGAGGCUGCACUCACUCAGCGACCCUCUUGGUCCCUUCCAACUCUACAAUUUCUUGGUGACAAAAGCAAGCAACAAUGCAAUAACCAGUUCCUUCGGGUAAGUAUAGAUGGUGCAACUAAAGAGCUGUUUUAUCAUGGUGUGUUUACUGCCUUGGGCUCCUGCAUGAGGAAUGUGAAUAAACACAUUUUUAAAAAAUUGCCUGCCCCUGCAGACAUUUCUGCUACAUCUGACUAGUUCCUCCCUUUCCCCCCCUUACACCCUGAACUCCAGGAGGUUUCUCCUCUUCCAGAGGAGCCAGAAGAGGAGGAGGUGGAGAAGGAGGAGAAAGAGGAGGCAGUGAAAAGCCCUGUCGAGAGCCGCGUCCUCUUUGAGGAAGAGGAGUAUUCCACAGAGGAGAGGGAAGCGAUAGAGGCAGAAGGACGCUUUCACUAUAGCUUAAGGGACCUGUAUGUGAGAGCAGAGAGCUAUGAGAUCUACGACAGCGUCCCCACAGUGCCAAAGACUCCCAAGUAAGACCAGAAGAGGACGGAACAAGGUGCCUCUAAUGUUGAAUCGUUACAUUUCCUACGCCGUGUCUCAGACUCAGCCUUCCCCAACCUGGUGCCCUCCAGAUGUCUUGGAUUGCGACUCCCACCAGCGAGCGUGGCGCCAGGUAGGGGGAAGGCUGCUCUAACCACUUGGUCAGCUGGUCAUCUAUAUCAUCCUUUCAGGCAGAGGUUGGAUGGCCAUCGACCAAGGAUUAUUUAGCUGUGACUCCUGCAUUGCAGAGGGUUGGACUAGAGGCUUGGCAGAGGGUUCCCUCCAACUCUGCAAUUCUAAGAUUUGAUUAUCCAAUGAAGGCUUUUAAACAGAAGACAGACAGACAUCUGUCAGAGAGUCUUUACGAUACGAUACGAUACGAUACGAUACGAUACGAUACGAUAAACUUUUUUGUCAUUGUCCCAUACAGAACAACGAAAUUGAAAAAAUCUACAUCAGACAUUCAAAAACCCACAAGCCUGCUAUCCCAGCCAUCCCAACCAGGUUAGCCCCUAAAAACUCUGAAACCCCAUAAUGGAAUACAAUAUACCGUAUUUUUCGCUCUAUAAGACGCACCAGACCAUAAGACGCACCUAGUUUUUGGAGGAGGAAAACAAGAAGAAAAAAAUACUGAAUCUCAGAAGCCAGAACAACAAGAGGGAUCACUGCGCAGUGAAAGCAGCAAUCCCUCUUGCUGUUCUGGCUUCUGGGAUAGCUGCGCAGCCUGCAUUCGCUUCAUAAGACGCGCACACAUUUCCCCUUACGUUUUAGGAGGGGAAAAGUGAGUCUUAUAGAGCAAAAAAUACGGUACUUACAUAAAGACUUCCUUAAAGGUAAAGGGACCCCUGACUGUUAGGUCCAGUCGUGACCGACUCUGGGGUUGCAGCGCUCAUCUUGCUUUACUGGCUGAGGGAGCCGGCAUACAGCUUCCGGGUCAUGUGGCCAGCAGGACUAAGCCGCUUCUGGCAAACCAGAGCAGCGCACGGAAACGCCGUUUACCUUCCCACUGGACUGGUUCCUAUUUAUCUACUUGCAUUUUGAAGUGCUUUCGAACUACUAGGUUGGCAGGAGCAGGGACCGAGCAACGGGAGCUCACCCCGUCAUGGGGAUUCGAACAACCAACCUUCUGAUCAGCAAGAAGAAGAAGAAGAAGAGUUUGGAUUUGAUAUCCCGCCUUUCACUCCCCUUCAGGAGUCUCAAAGCGGCUAACAAUCUCCUUUCCCUUCCUCCCCCACAACAAACACUCUGUGAGGUGAGUGGGGCUGAGAGACUUCAAAGAAGUGUGACUAGCCCAAGGUCACCCAGCAGCUGCAUGUGGAGGAGCGGAGACGCGAACCCGGUUCCCCAGAUUACGAGACUACCACUCUUAACCACUACACCACACUGGCUCUCACUAGCAAGUCCUAGGCUCUGUGGUUUAACCCACAGCGCCACUAGUGUCCCUUACACUGCAUUUAAAACCAAAAUUGCAUUUGGGUAGAAACUGUUUCUCAGACAGCUAGUCCUAGUCUUUAUAACCCUGUACCUUCUUCCAGAAAGCAGAAGCUGAAAGAGAUCAUUUCCGGGGUGCGCACUAUCCUGCGCUAUCUCUGCAGCUUUCUUAUGGCACCUGGAAGCGUAGAUUUGAUCCAAGGUGGGAAGAGUGCACCCAAUUAUUCUCUCCGCAGUCUUUACAACCCUGGACAGCAUUGUUUUUCCCCUGACCGUGCAGCUCACAAACCACACACACAGAACAUAGGUUAAAACACUCUCCACAGUACAAUGGUAAAAUGCCAUCAACAGGUCCUUUGAGAGAUUGUUUUUCUGGAGGAUUCUCAGAAAAUAUAACCUCUGCUGUGCUUCAGGAUCUGUCCUUCCAGUGAGCACUCUGGGCUGAUUCCUUAAGUAUGGAGAGGUUGGAUCUUCUUGCAGUCCAUGGGACUCUCAAGAGUCUCCUCCAGCACCAGAAUUCAAAAGCAUCCAUUCUUCGGCGGUCAGCCUUCUUUAUGGUCCAGCUCUAAUUCAUUAGAGGUUUUAAAGCAGAGGUUGGGUGGGCAUUUGACAGGGAUCUUUAGCUCUGAUUCCUGCUUUGCAGGGGGUUCAGUUCUGUGAUUUGAUGACACAUCUUGGGCUUUCAUCAGGGCCUUGAAUUUAGCAGGGAAGCAAAGACACGGCCAGCCAAGAUCUCUUUAAACAUCAACGUCACACGACCCGUGAGACCUUCACCAGUUAAUAACUGCAUUUAGGGCCCAAUGAUUUUCCCAAAUGAUCUUCAAGAGUAGCCCCAUGUAGAGUUCAUUACAAUGUGCUCAUCUUUAUCAAGGCAUGUAUAAUGGGAUAAUAAACCCUUGGCGGACCAUCCUCCAGCUGUCACUAAUGUAACGGCUGACAACAUUCGCAGAUGUGGAUGAUGGCAGCCUUGCAGAUGUAAAAUGCAAACUUAACCAGUGCUGGAGAGGGGGGCAUUUUCUAGAAAAUAUUCCACUGCUAUAUUUUCCAAAAAUCUGUGCCCACCCCCCUCCCUCCACAUUUUGGAAAAAUAAUUUUCAUAAGUUAAAAUUAGUGGCAUAGCAAACAAUACAAGCCUAGGCAAGUGGAACCGAUAAAUGUCAGUUAGUUGUAGAAUAAAAAUUUCAAUUAACUAAUUUAUUAACAAAAAUAGUGCAAGCAUAACAAAGGUGGGGGGCAGCAAAGAAUCAAAAAUUUAAAUCAUAAAAGCAUCACAGAUUGGAAGGAUAAAAGUACAAAGCUACAAAGAGAUAAUGAAGUACUGACUCAUGCAAAUAUUCCCUUUACAAAUAAUAAAGAUUUAUUUAAAAAAAUGUUCUCUACUUGUAAGUUCCAUUAUUAUUGAGAAUAAAGGACCUAAAUGACCCAGGCAUUUGCAUUUACUGGUGGCGAUGAGUGAACAUUUGCUGCAAUAUCUGUAUGAGAAAUAAAACCAUGCCAUAUAUAUAUAUAUAUAUAUAUAUAUAUAUAUAGUCAUUUGAGAUUUGCUCUUUAGAUACAUUUAGUUUAAGAAAAAUCUUUCCAAAAAGGGCAAUUUGCCAAAGCCUUGAAAGCAACAAUCCAGAUUAUUAAGGUUUUUUAAAUAAAAUAAAAACUUGCAAUUACCGGUAAUUUUUUUCAGGUGAUGUUUUCAUGAGGAAGGAAAUUGGAAAAAGUCUUGAGAUAUUUUUACAGCAUAUAGAAUUAAUGUAGGGUAGUAUCCGGCUAUGUUGUAAAGUGGACCCUUUGAAAUCAAUGGUCUUGAUUACUCAAGAGUCGGACUGUGUACACACAAUGCCUUUUAAAAAAAUAUCAGAGCACAUCCUUUCCCUCAAAGGAUUAUGGGCACUGAAGUUUACCCCUCAUAGAGUUGCAAGUUCCAAGCAACCUUCAACAAACUACAGCGCCCAGAAUUCUUUGAGGGUGAAAAAUCUGCUUUGAAUGUGCUUUAAAGGUGCAGUGUGAACUCAGACCAAGCCUUUGGCUUGGCUGGAUACGAGCCAGAGCAAACAAAGAAAUAAUAAUAAUAUAAUAAUAAUUUAUUAUUUGUACCCCGCCCAUCUGACUGGGUUUCCCCAGCCACUGUGGGCGGCUUCCAACAAAGAUUAAAAAUACAUUAAAAUGUCACACAUUAAAAACUUCCCUGAACAGGGCUGCCUUCAGAUGUCUUCUAAAUGUCAGGUAGUUGUUUAUCUCUUUGACAUCUGGUGAGAGGGCAUUCCAUAGGGCAGGUGCCACAACUGAGAAGGCCCUCUGCCUGGUUCCCUGUAGCUUUGCUUCUUGCAGCGAGGGAACCGCCAGAAGGCCCUUGGCACUGGACCUCAGUGUCCGGGCAGAACGAUGGGGGUGAAGACACUCCUUCAGGUAUACUGGACCGAGGCCGUUUAGGGCUUUCAAGGUCAGCACCAACACUUUGAAUUGUGCUCGGAAACGUACUGGGAGCCAAUGUAGGUCUUUCAAGACAGGUGUUACGUGGUCUCAGCAGCCGCCCCCAGUCACCAGUCUAGCUGCCGCAUUCUGGAUUAAUUGUAGUUUCCGGGUCAAAUUCAAAGGUAGCCCCACAUAGAGCGCAUUGCAGUAGUCCAAGCGGGAGAUAACUAGAGCAUGUACCGCUCUGGCCAGACAGUCUGCGGGCAGGGAGGGUCUCAUCCUGCGUAUCAGGUGGAGCUGGUAAACAGCUGCUCUGAGAUUUGGCGGCUAAGAGGCUGGGCGACAAAUUAGGAAACCCCAGGUUCAGACCUCUGCCAUGAACUUUGCCUCAGGUGGACUCAGGUGAAGCCCCCUCUGAGUCACAGACACAAACACCCCACCUCUGUAAUAGGAGGGGUCACAGUGCUGGCCUACCUUGAAGGCCCUUGCGUUUGCCUGUAAAGCACCAUUAAGUAUUGUCGUUGUUAUUUCUAGGUUAUUCAGCUCAGAAAGCUUUUCCCCUGGCAGUUUGUCAAGCAGUUCGUCUGCAAGAGCUACCAAAAAUCCUCGAUCGCCACCGCGAGUUUUCCCAGGUGUGUAGAAAAACAUUCCCCACGCGUACUCUCCUCCUUUCUCUCUGCACUGAGAAUCACAGGAAGGACCUGCACAUCUCCUGGCUGAGUCAGACCCAUUAAGCACAUCGUCAUCCUCACUAUGGUCCAAUAUUAGCUCCGGAGAGAUUUUCAAGAAGACAAAAACAGGGACAUCUGCCUCUGACAAGGAUACCCUUUCCUUCCUCCUGCGAUUUGGGUGGUCCUUGUGACUCCAGAAUAAUAAUAUACAGUGGUACCUCGGGUUAAGCACUUAAUUCAAUCCGUAGGUCCAUUCUUAACCUGAAACUGUUCUUAAUCUGAAGCACCACUUUAGCAAAUGGGGCCUCCCACUGCCGCCGCACCACGGCCACCCGGUUUCUGUUCUCAUCCUGAAGGAAAGUCCUUAACCUGAGGUACUAUUUCUGGGUUAGCAGAGUCUGUAACCUGAAGCAUACGUAACCCGAGGUACCACUGUAAUAAUAAUAAUAAUUUAUUAUUUGUACCCCACCCAACUGGCUGGGUUUCCCCAGCCACUCUGGGCAGCUUCCAACAAAGAUUAAAAAUACAUUAAAAUGUCACACAUUAAAAACUUCCCUGAACAGGGCUGCCUUCAGGUGUCUUCUAAAAGUCAGAUAGUUGUUUUUCUCUUUGACAUCUGAUGGGAGGGUGUUCCACAAGGAGGGCGCCACCACCGAGAAGGCCCUCUGCCUGGUUCCCUGUAAUUUGGCUUCUCGCAGUGAGGGAACCGCCAGAAGGCCCUCAGCGCUGGACCUCAGUAUCUGGGCAGAACGAUGGGGGUGGAGACGCUCCUUCAGGUAUACUGAGCCGAGGCCGUUUAGGGCUUUAAAGGUCAACACCAACACUUUGAAUUGUGCUCAGAAAUGUACUGGGAGCCAAUGCAGUGUUAUGUGGUCCUGGCGGCCACUCCCAGUCACCAGUCUAGCUGCCGCAUUCUGGAUUAAUUGCAGUUUCCAGGUCACCUUCAAAGGUAGCCCCACGUAGAGCGCAUUGCAGUAGUCCAAAGCCUCACCUGCCCUCACCCAGGCUGGGUGAGAGAAUGCCUUUUGGUGAAGUGGCUAAUUUCCACCCAAAAUAUGAAGCUGGUGGCCAGAAUUGCAGUAUUUCAGCCGUACCUGCAACUAAGCUCCUGCACUAAUGGAAUUUGUGGAAGAACAAUGGCCUACUCUGGGAGCAGGUGCCAGCACCCAGUGUUCUCGGGACCCCAGGGCUCAGAAGGACCCAUCUACUCUGUAGGUGGGCCCACCUUCCUGGAAGCCAGCCCUGAUCCUGCUCAGCUACUCUAGAUAACCUCCCUGUACCAGUUGCUAGUCGACAAAGGGUGACUGUAAGAAAUCCCUGCUAUCAGUAUGGGCUUGCCGUCGGACCUAACCCUAAGGAAGCCCUCUGGGCUUCUCUAUAUGGCCCUUGGAAGAGUUUCCAGACCACACCCCUCAUUCCACAUUUUUGAGUGGCUGGGAUGUACCCUUAAAUUAUAGAAUCAUAAAAGCUGGAAGGGACCCAGAGGAUCAUCCAAUCCAACCCCUGGCAAUUAAUUCUUGCUAGUCUUGAUGGAGGAUGGAGAGGGGUAUGUAUGGAAACUAACCAACAGUACAAAGGAAAAAUUGACAACCUUUGCUCCACCCACUUUAGCCUCUGGCUCCAGCCACAAUAAUAAUAAUAAUAAUAAUAAUAAUAAUAAUAAUAAUAAUAAUAAUUUUAUUUAUACCCCACCCUUCCCGGUUCAAAAACCAGGCUCAGGGCAGCUGACAACAAAUUUAAAACAAUUGUAAAAGCAGCAUAAAAUACAGUAUAAAAGUGUGAAUAACAAUAAAUUCAAAAAUCAGUUUGGGGGAAAAUCCAUCCAAUAAACAUUAGAUGGUCACAAGGGCUAGCUGGCUGAAUUAGUCCUAUUUGGGCCAGCGAGGAGACCAGGGGAGAAUUAGCUGUGGGGUCUCAGAGCAGGUGAUCUUCAUAAAAGGGGAGGGGGAGGGAAGAGAAGGAAAUAAAAGAUCAGGCUGAAUUCAAAUUAAAGGCCAGGCGGAAUAGCUCUGUCUUACAGGCCCAGUGGAAGAAGGUUAAAUCCUGCAGGGCCCUGGUCUCACGGAACAUAGCAUUCCACCAGGUUGGAGCCAUCACUGAGAAGGCCCUGGCCCUGGUGGAGGAUAGUCUGACUUCCUUAGGGCCCGGGACCUCUAAACUAUGGUUAUUCAUGGACCUUAAGGUCCUCUGCGGGGCAUACCAGGAGAGGCGGUCCCAUACAUACAAGGGCCCUAAGCCACAAAGGGCUUUAAAGGUCAAGACCAGCACCUUGAACCUGACCCUAUACUCCACCGGGAGCCAGUGCAACUGGUAAAGCACUGGGUGAAUAUGCUCCCAUGGCAGAGACCCCGUGAGGAGCCUCACUGCAGCAUUCUGCACCCGCUGGAGUUUCUGGGACAUCUUCAAGGGCAGCCCCGCAUAGAGUGAAUUACAGUAGUAAUUACAUGUGGCCCUUCGGAAGUUGCCCGGAAUGUGGGCCUCAGGAUGGAAAAGGCUCUCCACCACUGCCCUAAGGGGACGGUUCUGACUUUGGGCAUAAAGAAUGGUGGUGUGGUAGUCUUUCAGUUCAGUCAUUCCUUCUUGACACUUCAGCAAAGGACUGGAACCUGGGAGAUGAGGGUUCGUAUCUCCACUCAGCCAUGGAACUCACUGGUUGGCCUUGGGCUAGUCACCGUCCCUGAGCCCCAUCUACCUCGCAAGGUUGUCGCGAGGAUAAAAUUGGGAGGACAAACAUGUACGCCACCUUGAGAUCCUUGGAAGAGGAAGGUGGAAUGUAAAUGGAAUGACUGAAUGAAUGGUCAAGGUCUCUGCUAUUCCUCUCUUACGUAGAUACAGUGGUACCUAUGGUUGUGAACGGGAUCCGUUCCGGAGGCCCAUUCGGAACAUGAAAGGAAUGCAACCCGCAGCGGUGCGUCUGCGCAUGCGCGGGUUGCGAUUCGCCGCUUCUGCGCAUGCGCGUGAUGUCAUUUUGCACACCUGCGCAUGUGCGAGCAGCAAAAGCCGGAAGUAACCCUUUCCAGUACUUCUGGGUCACCGCGGGACGUAACCUGAAAGAACGUUAACAUGAAGUGGAUGUAACAUGAGGUAUGACUGUAUGUGUGUCUGGUUUGGUCUUUUUUUGCAGUUCCGAAAAAAGAAGGAUCCAGCAGUCUUAAUAUUGUCACGCUCUAUUCCAUCGUCUCCAAAACAGCUGAAAGGCAGGAAGGUGGGAAGAGGAAAAACUGAGCAGAGAUGGGGAAUGGUCUCAGCCUGAAUGUUAUGGAGGAAGCAGAAAGGGAAACCAGGGACUCAGGUACCAGAGCAAGACCUUUGGUGGUCCUUAGAUUUUAUUGUUAACAGGAACAGACGAAGAACUUGCUGGAUCAGGCCGAUGGCCCAUCUCGUCCAGCAUCCUGUUCUCACAGUGGCCAUCUUGAUGUUUGUGGGAAACCCGCAAGCAGGACCCGGGCACAAGAGCCCUCUCCCUUCCUUUGAUUUCCAGGAACUGGGAUUCAGAAGCAUCCGAUUUUCACUUUUUGCAUAACCACAGAGCCUAGGGCUUGCCGAUCAGAAGGUCGGCGGUUCGAAUCCCCACGACGGGGUGAGCUCCCGUUGCUCGGUCCCUGCUCCUGCCAACCUAGCAGUUCGAAAGCACGUCAAAGUGCAAGUAGAUGAAUAGGUACCACUCCGGCGGGAAGGUAAAUGGCGUUUCCGUGCGCUGCUCUGGUUCACCAGAAGCGGCUUAGUCAUGCUGUCCACAUGACCCGGAAGCUGCACGCCAGCUCCCUCGGCCAAUAAAGCCAGAUGAGCGCCGCAACCCCGGAGUCGGCCAUGACUGGACCUAAUGGUCAGGGGUCCUUUUACCUUUAAGCUGCUUGAAGAAGACGGUCCUUAAGCAGUGUGUAAACUGUUUGAAUAUAUAUAUCAAAAUUCAGUAUCUUAAAAAGUUUAAUUACAGUCCCAGGAAGAGGGCACAUUCUCAAAACUUUCUCCCAGGUGUUAAUGGCUAGGGUAAAGCUAUGCUCCUUUGGCAUUCAGCAAGGGCUGGUAUUGAAGUCCUGAUUUUCCAGGGAUGUCCCUAUUUUCAUUGAAGGCAAUGCUGUAUAGGGAAGAUUCUUUAAAGUAUUUAAUGCUUUAUUAUGUUUUUAUAUAUGCUGGAAGCCACCCAGAGUGGCUGGGGCAACCCAGGAAGAUGGGUGGGGUUUAAAUUAAGAUAAUCAUUAUGGAAUGGGACGUCCCGAUUUUCAUCGGAGAAAUGUUGGAGGGUAUGGGAUCGUGAACUUGCAAAGGGAGUUCCAUCACUCAGGGGCUGCCAGCUAAAAGGAGGUGCAGGGGGCGGGAAUUCAGUUCUGUUUGUGCUUAGAGGAAAAGGAGUCAGGAGAUGAGCUGCUUCACUACUUCACAAAAAAUCACUACUUUUGAAUCAGCCUGGCUAUAGACUGAGUUAAGCACUUGAAAAAUCCAUUGAAAUCAGACAUUAUAAAUUCAUCUUAGGAUGGGUAGUUCGCAAGUCUCUGUGGCUUUGCAUAAGGUUUUGUAUUUUUCUCAGAAGAUUGAUAAAGAAUGCAUAAUCAUUUUAGUAAUUAUUUUGCGUAUAUUAGUCACCAAGUGGGAGGCGGGUGGCGCUGUGGGUUAAACCACAGAGCCUAGGACUUGCUGAUCAGAAGGUCGGCAGUUCGAAUCCCCACAACGGGGUGAGCUCCCGUUGCUCGGUCCCUGCUCCUGCCAACCUAGCAGUUUGAAAGCACGUCAAAGUGCAAGUAGAUAAAUAGGUACCGCUCCAGCGGGAAGGUUUCCAUGCGCUGCUCUGGUUCGCCAGAAGCAGCUUAGUCAUCCUGGCCACAUGACCCAGAUCCUAUAUGCCGGCUCCCUCGGCUAAUAAAGCGAGAUGAGCGCUGCAACCCCAGAGUUGGCCACGACUGGACCUAAUGGUCAGGGGUCCCUUUACCUUUACCUUUAUUAGUCACCAACGUGUUGCAUGAGUCGUACUACUGGCUAUAAGCACAUGGCAACUUGAGGAAUGACACCUUUGCUUGAAAAUGGAAAGCACUGAAAAAGUUAAAUGCAACUAAGCAGACAUUUGGGGCUUCUGUUGGAGGGGACUGCUGAAUACGGACGGUUGCUUCUUGUACAAUGAAGUUAAAAGAGUAGAAAAAUUGGGUGGAGGUGGGAGAAAGCAUUCCUAUCAAGGAAAAUGUAGAAUUAAUUUUCUGUUUUUCUUUUUCACUUCCAAGCCAAAAAGGCAGGUUAGAAAUCAUCGUCGUCAUUUUCAUCACCGUCCAGAGAUAG